GAGCAAUAUGAGCCCAACGACUUUUAAGACUUUGAAGACUUCCACACAAAUAGCUUCUGUUAUCUUAUCCGUUUUCAUAAACUCUCUGCUUAUAACCCUCAUAAUUACAAAAUCUGCAAAGAAAAUGGGAAACUACAGGCACCUAAUGAUAUAUUUUUGCUGUUGUUCCAUAAUGUUUUCAUUAAUGGAUAUUUUCAUUCGACCGGUUAUUCAUACUUAUGAAAGUGCAUUCUUUAUGGUAAUGGAUCUUAGAGGUCGAGAUAUGUCUCUUGAUCUGGCUGGUGGAAUGAUAUGCGCAAUGGCUGGUUGUUUUGGAGUGAUUAUCUAUGGAAUAGCCAUUCAUUUCAUCUAUCGAUAUUUUGCACUGGAAAGAAACGGAAGAGUCAAAUAUUUUGACACAAAAUUUCUACCACUCUGGUUCAUGAUUCCGAUACUUGGCGGUGUCAGUUGGACACUUGUCUCGUGGUUUUGCUUUCCAAUGAACCCGGUCACAUCCGGUUAUAUCGGACCCGAUCUCUACGAAAGUUUCAAGUUGGACAUCAACCAAUCCGCCUACGCAGCUGCUUUAUUCUAUCCUCCAGAUGUAAAUGGAAAAAAGUUGUUCAACUUGAAAGCUGGACUUGGAUUAAUUCUCUACUUGCUGAUAAUGGCAAUCCCAUUUUUUGUGGUGAUUUACGUUGGGAUUAAAAGUGUAUCAAAAAUCAAGCAACUGCCGUCGUCAAAUUAUGGAAAAGGGUUACAAAUGCAAUUGCAUAAUGCACUUGUUGCGCAGACAAUUAUCCCGGUUGUCUUCUUAUUUGUUCCAUUUGGAGUCCUUUUCAUCUGCCCGAUUUUUGAGAUUAACUGCCAGUUUCUUGCGACAAUUCUCACAUUUGUUUAUGCAAUCUACCCGGUUCUUGAUCCUCUGCCAAUAUUUUUCUUUGUUCAAAACUACCGUAAUGCGUUGUCCGAGUGGUUCUCGUGUUUCCGAUGUAGAAAGAAGUCAAGAGUUCAUAUUGCACCGGAAGAAGUCUCCAGAGAUGCUGAUUCAUGUUAAUAAUUGUUUAUUUAUUUGCUUUCAGUUACCAAAUUUGAAUUAUUGUAUUGAACACCUGGAUGUUAUACGAUUACGUUGUAAUCACUCCGAUAGAAAUAACAACAUUAAAAUUU